AUGGGUAAGAGUUUACAAGAAGAAAAAAACACCACACACAGAGUUCUGCUGAGAUGGAGCUGCAGCUGUCUUCCCUUCACAUGGGUGGAGUUAGUGCUACUUGUGAGAGUAUGAAGAUCACUACAGACGAGAUCACAUUUUCAUUGAAAGAUUCUUCAAUGAACAUUUCUAUAUCGACGGCUAGUGUGUGUAAUUACAGUGUAUGGGAGGAGCCUGCAUUUAGGGGGUGUGGCCUGGUUAAGGACAACGAGGUCCCACCACCUUCUCUGCUCUUUCUUUGGCUGUCUGAUGCCCAGGCACACCAAUUACACAAUGACCUGUCCGUCAUCCUGCCAGGCACAUGUCCAGCUGAAAGCAGUACGUGUGUGUUGCUGUGUUUGGCUGAACCUGUAACUGGUGUUGAAAGUGCUGUCUUGGCCUCUUUAAUGGACAUAGUGGGUUUGAACCAGAACAGCUUCAAACUCCACUCCCCCCUCACACAGCCGGAAAGCCUGAAACUGCUUCAGAGCUCCCAGGAAACACACCUUCUCCAAAUGCUGAUGCCCGAAACUGAUCCUCAAACCAGCACUGCUGCACAUGCCACUGUAUCUACUGAGAAGUCUCAGGAUUCUGAAGUUCAGUUGAAGCCAGUUUACACGCUGUGCCACAGAAGAGCUCAGGGUUCAUACAGUGUUACCUUGGCACCUACACUUGGGGCAGAAUGGGCCCCGUACCAACACUGUGGUCCAGCAUGCAGAUUGAUUCAGUUCCCUCCUCCACCCUCGAAAGGAGCCAUCACCGUGACAACAGAGGAUCUGGAGUGUUUAGACAGUGGCGAGUUUCUUAAUGAUGUCAUCAUCGACUUCUACCUCAAGUAUCUUCUGGUGCAAAAGGCCCCGCAAGCAUCUGUAGACAGAUCUCAUGUUUUCAGCAGUUUUUUCUAUAAACAGCUCACACGCAGAGACAACGCUAAUGAGGACAGUACAAGCACACCAGCUCAGGUCAGAAGGCAUCAGCGUGUGAGGACGUGGACGCGUCAUGUAGACAUCUUUGACAAAGACUUCCUGUUUGUGCCUGUCAAUCAAGAAGCUCACUGGUACCUCGUGGUGAUCUGUUUUCCUGGGUUAGAAGAGCCACAGUAUGUGACAAGGGACGGCAGAGACUCUGUGCAGGGUGAUGGAGGUGAAGGUUUGGGUGAGUCUGAGGGUGAGAUCCAUGGAGAGAAUAGAUCCAACAGUGAUGAGGACAAAGAUGACAGUCGUAUAAAGUCAAGCAUGACUCAUCUUCCCAAGUGUACGGAAAAUACCUGCAAGAGACCUAUUGUGUGUAAAAGACCAUGCAUUCUCAUCAUGGAUUCCCUGAAGUUGUCGGUUCACGAACGUAUCUUCAAACUCUUGCGCGAAUACCUUCAGGUGGAGUGGCAGACAAAAAGAGGUGGUCAUCGUGACUUUAGUGGUGACCACAUGAUAGGUUCCCACUGUACAGUCCCCCUACAGGACAACAGCAGUGACUGUGGCCUUUAUCUGCUACAAUAUGCAGAAAGUUUUUUACAGGACCCUGUGGUAGACUUUGAAUUGCCAUUGAGAUUGGAGCGCUGGUUUCCACGGCAACAGGUGCGAGGUAAACGGGAGGAGAUUCGAGACCUCAUCCUACAUCUGUACAGGUUUCAGCAAGGCUCUCUGGGACAUGAAUCUUUAGAAGAUAGGACAGAUCAUGGGAAUGUCAUUCAGUGAUGUUAAGCUUUUAGGUUCAUGUGAUUAUUUUACGCUAGAUAUAUUUAUAUUUUAGCUGAUUUUGAACCUUUUAUAUUAAUUUUAUGCUUUUGUAUACGCUGUUGGAAAAACUUUAGAAAUAAAUAAAU